AAGUUUGGAGAGAGAAAAGCUACCAGAGAUGUGGAGACAGCAGGUCAAACAGCGACUGGAUGCAGCAGAGGAGCAGAGACACGAAAUACUGGAUGCUGCUUUCAGCCCCGAAGAUCGGCUGCAGUCAUUAGAUGUUCAACAGAAACUGCUGGUUAAAGAAGAGGUUCCUGAAGAACAGAGUCCUGAUCUGGACCAGAAUCACCCGCAGACUCUCCACCUGAAGGAGGAGCAGGAGGAACUUUGGACCAGUCAACAGGGAUAUCAGUCCAGUGUGAAGGAGGAGAAUGAUCCCACCAGGUUUCCAGUCAUUGCUGUUCUCAUAAAGAGUGAAGAUGAUGAUGAGAAACCUCUGUUCUCACAGCUUCAUCUUCACCUAACGGACAACAGGGAUCUUCCAACAAGCAGCUCAGCUGAGCAAAUGAAAACAGAACCUGAUGAAGAGGUCUGUGGGGGAGCAGAAUCCAACAGGAAGCCACAUCUAAAGACUCAUGGAGACACCUUCAAUUCUUCAGAGACUGAAGACAGUGAGGCUGGAGAGGAUGAUGAUGUGGACCAUCCUGAUUCUGCAUCUGAAACUGAAGACAGUGAGGAUGAGAAGAAGGAGAGCAGGACUCCUGAGUCAGAUGGGAACACAUCUCUGAGCUGUUCUGAAUGUGGCCAACAAUUUGUGAACAAGUGCUCUCUUGAGACACACAUGACGGGUCAUUCAACAAUAAUGUCUUCAUAUUUAGACUUGCUGAGGAAAGUCCAGACAGGCCUGAGGUGUUUUAGUUGUUCAGACUGUGGUAGAAGUUUCAAAAGGAAAAGUUAUCUAGAAAAACACAAAAAAAUCCACACAGGAGAGAAGCCAUUUGGAUGUGACCUUUGCGGACACAGAUUUCUAGAUAAGUCCAAUUUAACCACUCACAAAAAAACCCACACAGAAGACAAGCCAUUUGGUUGUGACGGGUGUGGAAAAAGAUUUCGAUUUAAGUCGAAUUUAAACAGACAUAUGAGGAUCCACUCCGGGGACAGACCAUUCUGCUGUGAUGUUUGUGGAAAAAGAUUCAGAUUUGACUCCAAUUUAAGCAGACACAUGAAAAGCCACAUAAACAGGCAGCUGAGGAUCCACACAGGACACAGACCGUUUGGUUGUGAUGUUUGUGGACAAAGAUUUAGUCAAAAAGCUCAUGUAAAGAGACAUAUGAAACUCCACACAGAGGACAAAGCUCUUAGUUGUAAAUAUUGUGGAGAAGAAUUUAAAUCCAAGUCAGAUUUGAACAUCCACGUGAGAGUCCACGCCGGGGACAAGCCAUUUAGUUGUGAUGUUUGUGGAAUAAAGUUUAGAUUUAAGUCAACUUUAAACAACCAUGUGACAGUCCACACCGGAGACAGACCGUUUGCUUGUGACGUUUGUGGACUUAAAUUUAAAUUGAAAUUAACUCUAAACAGACAUAUGAGAGUCCACUCAGCAGACAAACCAUGUGGCUGUGAUGUUUGUGGACAAAGGUUUAAAUGUAAGUCAAGCUUAAAAAAACAUAGAGCCAUCCACACAAAAGACAAGCCACAUGGUUGUGUUCAUUGUGGACAGAAGUUUAGAUUUAAGUCGGCUUUAAGCAAACACAUGAUCAUCCACACAGGAGACAAGCCUUUUGCCUGUGAUCAUUGUGAACAAAGAUUUGUUAAUAAGUCAACUUUUAGAAAACAUGUGAGAAUCCACGUGGGAGACAAACCGUACGUGUGUGGUUUUUGUGGGAAAAGAUUUAACCAAAAGGUAUUUUUAAAAAGACACACCAGAGUCCACACAGGAGAGAAACCCUUUCGCUGUGAUGUUUGUGGACAGAGAUUCACCCAGAAGGGCUCCUUGAGGAGUCAUAUGAUAACCCACACAGGAGAAAAACCCUUUGGGUGUGAUGUUUGUGGAAAAAGAUUUAACCAAAGGUCAAAUUUAAACCGUCACGUAAGAAUCCACUCCAGAGGAAAAACUGUUUAAAUGAAAAUAUUAAGACAACUUGUGUUCUUCUCAACUUAAAAAACUUAAGGUGGUUUUUUGUGACAAAGUCUUUUCCAUUAAAAUGUAUGUUUGUUAAAAUAUUUUAUCACAUAGUUGUCUUUUAGCUAAGAGCUUAGCAGGAUGUUCGAAACACUAAAGGGAGACAUGGCAGACUAGCACUAGUAAAGCUUUCUGAAGAAAGAAAAAUAUAUUUUACUGUAUAUAUUUGUUCCUAAUGAGAAUAGUUUGGUUUAAUAUUCAAGACCAUAAUAUUGGAGGGUUAAAGCCUGGAAUACAUUUGUUUAAUUUACUGGAGCUAACAGCUAGCAGCCCCCCCUCAACCUACCUGGUGAGAAACAGUUCAAGCCUUCUCAAGAUCCACAACCCAUGAGGACCAGAGAAGCACACUGCCAUGGUUGGUAGCAUCAUGAUGAUCAUGUUGUUGUAUUUAUUGGGAUAACAAUAAAGGGAUGAUAAAAUAAAGUGUUUAUAAUUUCUUU